CGUCAUAGAUCACAGGAACAGAAGCGAACCAUUUUGACGGAUAAGUUUACAGCUGCCUGUCUUUGUUUACAGUUGUGACCAGAUCGUUGUUUGGCUUAUCUCGACCUAAGGAACAAGAUGAAGUUCAAAUUUAGGGAAGAACACACGCUUGAACAAAGAAAAGCAGAGUCGGCAAAGAUAAAGGAGAAAUACCCAGAAAGGAUUCCAGUGAUUGUUGAGAAGGACCCCAAGUCACAGAUACAGGAUAUAGACAAACGCAAAUUUCUUGUUCCUAAUGACAUUUCUGUAGCACAGUUCAUGUGGAUUAUUCGUAAACGUAUUCAGUUACCGUCAGAAAAAGCCAUCUUUCUAUUUGUUGGCAAAGUCCUCCCGCAAUCAAGUGCCAGUAUGGGUCAGGUAUAUGAAGAGCACAAGGAUGAGGAUGGAUUUCUGUACAUCGCCUACAGUGGGGAGAACACGUUCGGCCACUGACAUUUUAACCUCAGCCAUGAUCACUUUAUCCCUGGCCACAAUGCUGCAGACAAUGGGCAUUGUGACCAUCAUUGUUUUAUCAUAAUUGGCACAACAGUUUUAGAUUGCGUUUUGUUACUGCAGGUUUUGGUUAAUUAUUAACUUUAAUUCGGACAUACAGAUGUUACUAUCAAUUUUAAAGAACACCUACUUAAUUACAGACGGAGAAGGUAGUUGAUAAGCAAACUGGAGAUAGUUUGAAGCUAGGAAAACCUUGAAACUACUUACAAUUUAUUGUGGGUCAUUUUUAUUAAAUUUUUAACCUAAUGAUAAUGACACUAAUUAAAACUGAUGGAAGAUGUUGCUUACAUUUAAAAAGGAAAAAAAGAACAUGGUAGCUAUUUAAAAUAUUAAGUAAGAACAAGUAUUGAAGCCAUUUAUAUCAACAAAAACAGAAAUGUAUUUAUGGAAGAUCAAUAAUAACAAGUACUUAAAUGUAUUGUGUGGCAUUUCAGUAUAAAAUAAUCAGACUUUUGGCAAUCUUAUAUUACACCUCUAGAUGUCAAAUCUAUGAGAAUGUGAUUAUAUGCUUUCAUAAUCUGUUUGUGAGUGUCGUUUAAACGAGCCAACUGUGUAAUAAUGGGUUUCUGUAGAGCUGGGAAUUACUGAAGUUGUAACAAAUGAUGUUUUCGGAUAGUGAUCAAUGUGUUGUAAACAGUGUGUUGUAUAAAUAAAUGUAUGUUGUGUUGGGAGUUACAUGUUUGUGUAUAGAUGUAUGAUAGAGUUUACUCUGGGAUGGCCUUGUGUGAGAUAGUUUGGUAAUACACAACCAUUUGUAGCUAUGCAUUGAACACUUAUUAUUAAUUACAGUGACAGAGACGUCAAUACCAUAUUUCUCUUUUUUUUCUCAUUUUGGCUUGACCGGGAAAUUAACUUCAAUUGAAUGUUAUUUUUCAGUUACUUGCUAAAGCUCAAUACACUACAACAGUUCUCUGUUCUCAUCUCACAAAUACAUUCAAAGUCAUGUCUUAAUUACCUUAACUGGCCAACCAAAUGGUAGCUUGGCUGUAAACCUUUUCAGCCGAUGUAAACAUUCAAUCUAGUGUGGUUGCUGUUAACAUUCUCAACUAAUGGAAGUUUGACUGUAAACAUUUUCAACGAAAAAUAAAAGUUGAGCUGUAAACAUUCUUAACUAAAAGAAGCAUGGCUGUAAACAUUCUCAACUAAUGGAAGUUUGGCUGUAAACAUUCUCAACUAAUGGAAGUUUGGCUGUAAACAUCCUCAACUAAUGAAAGUAUGGCUGUAAACAUUUUCAAAAUGAAAAUGACAAUUAUUCUUCCAAAUAAAUGUUAACCUACUGUGAUUUAACAUUAUCAAAAUAAGAAAGUCUUUGUCUAUAGAAUUUAAAUCUGUUACAAUAGCAUUUAACAUUGUAUUGGACAAGCAGUGAAGUUAUUUCCACAUUCUACUUUAUGUAAUCUAAAUAGAGCUUUUUAUUUCAUUUUGGUUCUAUUAUCACUUUGAGAUAUUACAGAUUUGUGUCAAGAAAAAGCCUGAAUUUUUUUGUAUAUGGAUUCAUCAGGUGAUAUAAUAUGAUUUAAAAUGAAAAACACAAACUGAAAGAUUUGAGUUCAAAAGAUAAUUUACUCAUGGUGAUGAAUUCUUUGUAAUUUAAUUGUGUAUAAACUGUCAGCACUAUACUUUGUUCAUUAGGAUUUUUUUUAUUGCAACAAGUUUUACUCUAGUCCAUCAACAGUGUACAGUUCUGCUACAGCACUUUUAACUUGACUUUUUAUUUUAUUUUAUAAUUUUACUUUAUAAUAUUGGUUGUAAAUUGGCUGAGUGUUAGCUGUAGUUUCGUUAUUCAGCAACAAAGAUCAACUUAAUUGUUUCAGAUAAUUAGUAUUUCUAGGUCAAAUGCAUCAAACAAUUCGGAUAUCUUACAAAAUGUUCAGUGUUAUUAUAUCUACUUUGAUCAUGACAUUAUUCCAUUUCGUUUUAUCAUGUAUUUGUAUUAUAAGUUCCAUUUCGCAUUUUCUGUAAAUAAAGUUAUGUUACCAAAAGAAA